AUGGAGGGCGAGGCGAAGGACCCGAAGCGGGCGUCGCAGCAUGGCGUCAGGGUCGGCAGGGACAAGUUCCGAGAGUUCUGCGUCAGCGUGGACUACGAGGAAGACGUCGACAAGCUCUUCGCCUGCCUCGACCUCGAGGGCGGCGGGGCGGUCGACACGAAGGUCCUGCGCUCCCUCUGCGAGUCCACGUCCGAGGAGAAGGCCCUGCCGCGGCUGCUCGCGAAGCACGCAGAGAGCCGACGGCGCCACCGCCACAAGAGGGCGCAGGGGACGCGGCUGCCGUCGGCGGCCGACGUGGCGGCCGGGCAGGACGAGCUGAGGCGCUCCGCCCGCAGGAAGCGGGCGGCGGCUGGCAGGGGCAAGUCCGUCAAGGAGGAGUUCCUCUCGUGGCUGCGCGAGCAGUUCGGCAGCGUCGCCAAGGCGUGGCGCCUCGGGCUCGACCCGGAGGACUUCGGCGACCUCGACGAGAAGGAGUUCGUGGAGGCCCUGUCGCAGGUCGGCUUCCUGCCCCCCGAGCGGCAGUGCUCCGACGAGGACUUCGAGAGAGGGACGGACCUCUUCCAGGCCCUGGCCCACGAGGAGAAGGGCGCCAAGGGCGAGGGCGCCGAGCGGCUCGUCUCCCUGCGCGACCUGGACCCCGAGACCAAGACCGCGCUCGAGGAGCUCAAGGAGCACUGCCAGCUGCGGUACGGGGGGGUGGCCCAGGCCUUCGAGGCGGUCGAUCCGGACGGCACCGGCACGAUCCGCUCCGAGUUCUUCCGGCGCUGGUGCGUGGAGCUGAACUGCAGCAACCGCCUCCGGCGCCUGCUGGACUACCUGGACGCGCGGGACGUCGGGCACGUCAGCCUGGAGGACAUCGACGAGGGCGCGGCGGAGAAGUGCCGGGAGGCUGCAGAGAGGCGCCAGGAGCUCGAGGAUGCCAGGCGGGAGCAGGACGAGGAGAAGGGCCGGAGCCCGUUCCCGGCGCCGCCGCCGGUGGGCGUCCGGGUGGGCGUGGAGGCCUGCGCCGAGAGGCGGGCGGCGGAGGCGAGGAGCAGGGCGGCGAACGCCCUGAAGGCGAAGCUGUCCCGCAAGUAUGGGACUCUGGUCAGCGCAUGGCGCAAGUCCUUGAACACGGCGGGCGAGAGGUUUGUCGACGUCCACCAUUUCGUCAGGGCGUGCGAGAAGGAGGGCAUCGCCAGAGAGGACGCGACAAAAGCUUGGGAGGGCAUGGGCCCAAACGACACCGAGAUAACGUUCCUGCAGUUCGAUCCCAGCAUGGCGACAGCUCUGAACGGCUUCAAGAAAUCCUUGGCUUCCAGGUACGGCUCCGUGAGGGCAGGCCUGGAGAUCGCGGACAAGAACCAAGACUUCCUGGUCAGCAAGAGGGAGUUCCUCGCGCUCUGCUACGAGUGCCAGUGGAAGGGCAACGAGCACCACCUCUUCGAGUACCUGGACACCGCGGGCUCGGGCCAGGCGAACCUGUACCUCAUCGACAAGCGCACGGGCCUCGAGAUGAAGCGGCAGCGGGAGGCCGAGGA